AUGAGGCGAAGCAGGGAGGCUGAAUUGGUCAGGUACCGUUCCCAAUGUGGGCUCCUUGACAUCGACGGCAUGGACUCUACAACGUUCAAACUCAUGUUCCGGUUCCAGAAACAUGACUUCAACGAUCUCUGUAGUGCUCUGCUGGUGCCGCGGGAGAUCACCACAGCACAAAACGUGAGGUUGUGUGGCCGAGAGGCUCUGUGCGUGUUGCUGCGGAGGCUGGCGUAUCCCAACAGGUGGUGUGACUUACCCCCGAUUUUCGGGCGUCACUCAUCAGUCAUGUCAAGUGCUACUUCGCGUCUCAUGGACCACAUCCUGAGCACCUUCGGACAUCUGCUGACAGACGUGAACAACCACGAAUGGAUAUCGCCUGCCUCACUGAAGGAAUUCGCCGGCGCUGUUGAAGACAAGGGUUCUCCCCUGCCCAAUUGCUGGGCCUUCAUCGACGGCACUGCCCGUCCAAUUUGCCGUCCAAAAAGAAACCAGAAGCUUUACUGUUCCGGCCACAAGAGAAUGCACAUGGUGAAAUACCAAUCGCUUAUGUGCCCCAAUGGCAUUGUGUGCUAG